AGGCCUUGUUAGCGGGGAGCUCGCCGCAGAGACUGAGGGAACAGGGAGUCCCGAAGCGGGUUCUGGGGUCCUGUGGAAGAAACAGUUUGUUCGCGUCUGCUCUCUUUCGCCUCCAGAACCUCCCCGGGGUCUGCCGGGAGGGCGGGGAUGGGGAGCACCGAGAGCAGUCCCCGCAAGGUGUCUUUCGGGGUGGACGAGGAGGAGCGGGUGCGGGUGCUGCAGGGUAUCCGGCUCUCUGAAGAUGUAGUUAACCGCAUGAAAGACCCCUCUGCAUCAUCAAGGGUGCAGCGACCAUCUCCUGCAUCGUCCCCUACUGCUUCGACACCUACUUCACCAUCUGCUGCUUCGUCACUUCAUACUUCACCACCUCCUCCUUCAUUUUCUCAUUCUUCAUCUUUUGCAUUUGGCUCUUCAGAAGGCAAGUCAAAGCAUCCUAGGACAGAUCCUAAACCCCCCAAAGCUGAGAGCCAUAAUAGCAGGCAGCCCUCUGAAACAGAAGAGGAUCUGUACAGAAGAUAUGAACAGGAACAGGCCAUGAUCCAAGAAGAGCUUCUUCAGCUGGUGAAGAGAGAAAGGGAGGUGGCCAGGGAGCAUCCCAAGUCCUCCCUUCCAUGGGAGAAGAAUGGCAUGAACCAGGAGAAGCAGCGAUCAGCCCAGCUGGCCAAAGAACUGGAAGGUGUAGAGGCAGAGCUAAGACGCCGUGACAUUUUCUAUAAAGAACAAUUGGGUCGAAUUGAAAGAAAGAAUGCUGAAAUGUACAAACUGUCAUCACAACAAUUCCAUGAGGCAGCUACCCGGCUGGAGGACACAAUAAAACCUCGAAAGGCGGACCCCGUGUGCUCAGGCCUCCAGUCCGAGAUACUGCGCUGCUAUCGAGACAACCUUCGCGAGGUGCUUAAGUGCUCCGACUUGGUCAAGGCCUACCAGCACUGCGUGAGCACUGCCCAGAAGUAUAACAUGAAACAAGCUGCCAACCAUCCCUGAAGAAUCUUCAACAGACGGAGAUGGGGAAAAUUGUCAGGCUGUAUUAGACCAAAUGGUGGCUGAAGAACAACAACAUGCCUGGCAUGGAGAGAGCCCAGCAGCGACAGGCACACUCCAGCGAAGUUACCACCUGCAGGACCACAGAUCCCUGGUUCAUCACCCACAUUUCCAGCCAUUUACCAGUUUGUGACCAAGAAACAUCACUGUGCUUUGGGUUUAUCAUAGUUAAGAGUGACAUGUUAAGAAAAAGUGUAUGUUCACAGCUGCCCUGAGGAAAUAAAGCAGAUGUCUCUGUUUUCAGUCAGUCUCUACAAGUCCA